GAAUAUUUAUUAUGGACAUGUGUCAAGUGAAUCUCAUUAAAAUCGUGUAGUCAAAGAAAUGGUGAAAUCCUUUUUCAAAGUGUGAAAAAAACUUAAUUUAUUUUUAUUUUACUGUGAUGUUGCCAAAAUCGCCAAAACCAGCAUUCUGGAAAUUCUUAAAAGGAAGUGCUAAAGUAUUGUUCAUUGCGGAAGCUGUUUGCUUUGCAGCCUCAUACGGAGUUUAUUAUCGUAUGAAUACAAAUCGAGAGUUUCGGUACUAUAUCAACGAAAACUUCCCCUUUGCACUCGAUUAUUUCUAUAAAGUGGGCGAGGUUUUGGGAAAUAGCAACUUAAGGCAACUCGAUUCUGCAGUCUGGCGAGCUGAGAGCGAAAAACGAGAAUAAUCACAGAUCUUGGUUUGUUCAGGCGGAGUUGGCUACGGACUUAUGUUGCUUACCGAACCAUCUGAGGAAAAACGAGAACGCAUAAAAGCCACAGGAGGUCCAGCAUAUCUAACAAACGAAGAACUUAAAAAGUUGCAAUUUAUGCAACGUAUGCGGGAGGCUGCUACAGGUGAAGCACCGCCAAUUUAUAUGCAGAAAAAAGAAAAGUAAA